UGACGAUCCUCGGUACAAUUGUCGGUUUGGAAUAGGUAAUCGUCGGCAUUCGUUAUUGUAAAUCGUAAUUCGUAAUUCACGAAUAAAUAAUUUUGCAUUUUGUAUUUUUUUUAAAUGUCUACUUCAAUUCUUAAGACAUACAUCGAUAUUGUAGUAUUUAAAACAAAAAAUUUGAAUUAAUUCUCAACACAGUACUAUUCGCCAUCCGUAGGUAUUUGAGCUGAAAACUGUUCAUUUUCUAGAUGACCGUGAAAAUAUAAACUUUAUAAAUGACUUCAAUUCCUACACUAAUUUUCUAUGUCGCUGUGGUACUGGUCGCGUUUUAUAUCAAUGACCGAAACAGUGCCAAUAUCAAAUUACUCGAAUUGUAUGAGCAUAAUAUAAACAUAUCAUUCGGCCCAUUAAAUCUAGGAAAUGAUUCUUCUUGCAACGCUCUUGAUUUUCAACUGAAUUACAAAAAGCAUGCAGAUCUGGGAAUAUUAUUUUCCAAUUAUGCUAGUUACAUAUCCAUGGUGAGUUUGUUCAAACUCUGGACAAGCCAACGAAAUGAUAAAAUAUUCUUUGGUACUCUAAAGCUAAACGACAAAACUGUAAAUGCUGUAGCAAAAGGGCCAGGACGUAAUUUUUUUGAAAUGUUUGAGCAAACAGUCAAUAUCGCUACAGAUAUAGACACAAUUAUAACUUAUGGCCAAUGGACCUUAUUACCGCUAAGUGGUGAUAGUCGCAGCCUUGAAAUAUGUUCAAAAAACAUUAAAUUGUUUCAAAAUUCUUUACUUUAUAGUUUCUUUAACUCGGUUAUUAGUGAUGAUAGCGAUAAUAAAUCCCAUUCGUUGAUUGAAGCAUGGAUCGCUGCACAUGUUAGUGUUGAGCUUUUAGUUCUAAAGGUAUUACAUGGAUAUCGCUAUGUACCAAAUAUUUAUGCUACAUGUGGGCGAAUUUAUUUUGUUGAGGAUUGUGGUCAUACCUUACAAUAUCACAUGAGUAAGAUGAAUUUGACUAAUAGAUUAUUAGUUGCCAAAGAGUUACUGACGUUGGCGUUGGAGCUCGCAGAUGGUACGGCUCAUCAAAAUUAUUCAUUUUACCUUACCGAUUUAACAGCUGAUAAUAUAGCUGUACAGCUGGAUAAAACAUCAGGGUUAUUACAGUCACUGAAAGUUAUUGACUGGAGUGAUGUUAUAAUUGUGGUCAAUAACCAUAGUAUGAAGAAAACAGAUGAUGGCAAGUUUUUACUUGAAAUGAUACAUGUAAGUAAACAUAUUGAUUGUGGGGUCGGAUGUUUAGCUUAUUCAAAAGAAGACAUUUGUCAGUCAAGGCUUAGUGAUCACAAUGUAUAUGCUGUUUGCAAAGAAUUCUUAAGCAGCGAUGGUAGACUGUUACAUGAAAUAACAAACUUAGAUAAAACAAUCAAGUCACCUGAAAAGGAAGUCAAAAACCUUGCAUCUUUAUUGAACAAUUGUUUGUGGAACUUCGAUGUUGAAAAGCAAUCUGAAAUAAAUAGAUUAGAUACAGCUAAAUUGAUAAUCAAAUCAAUUCAACAAAUUUAUGACUUUGAAACAUCUGAUAUUACUAAUAAUGGUUAUUAAAUAAUAAAUGCAUAUUGACCAAUAUUAUUACACCAUUAAAAAGUGGAUAAAAUACAGAGACUGAGUGUUAAGGCAUGCAAAUACUGCGACACUAGCAGUAAAAAACAGCCAAACAUAAUUUACCUCAAAUAUGGCGGUAUAACCAGGGUAUAAUUUUAGUGUUAUUGCUGUAUUGUUUGUUGGCCUUUAAACUUAUUUUACCUUCAAAAUUAACUAUUAAUAUUAGCCCAUUUACCUAUAAUUAAUAUAUUUUGUGUUAUCCUAAAUUAAUUAUAGUUUUAUAAUCAUAGGCCUAUUAGGCCUUAAGAAUACUUUUAAUUUUAUGGAACAUUUGUUUUUUUUAUAUU